GUGAAUCUUUGAAGAUCGUUCAAGUUUUGAAGCAAUCGUUUAUCCUCCAUUCCCAUGUGACUCUACAUUUUUUUUAGUGCAAAAUUUCGCUGAUUACAGUGAGUUAAUUAAAAACACAUCAAAGCUUCAGUUAGUUUAACAUUUGCAAAGCCACUACACAAUUCACGGCCUUGUUUCGGGACAAGCUAACACCCACUGCUUAUCAGUGACGUCAUCCAAGGCCAUCGUUACACAUCUAACUAGCUGUGUAGACAAACAAGUCCAAAACUCCACGACUAUCAACAGUAUCUGUUUAAGUUUCUUUGAUUCAAUUUUACAUCAUUUUGCGAUUUAAACAACUUGAUGCUAAUGAUUCUUACGAUUCCAUUAGUUUUACUAAGUGCGUUAAACAACCUCCCAUUCCAUACAUAAAACCUCAGCGAGGCAGAAGAAAGCACGGCAAAUGGAGGCAAAAUCUAAACAAGUUGACGUUCCAACGCCCAGCCAAUUAACAUCAAUAAGAACAUCAGCCUCGGCGGAUAAAGCGGGAAAGAUAGUCAAGAAGGUAUCUGAUGCAACUCACGGUUUGAAGUUUGAAUCAAAGUUGUUGACGUUGUUUUGCAUACGAGCACUUGGGGCCGGUAAAAAGUUUGAAUUGGCCAAAGAAAGAGGAGACGUUAGCGGAAAAUUUGACGACGUAAUUUUCCGAUAUCAAGUGACAGACAACACACCUGAAGUUAAACCUUGGCGCUAUCGCUACCUGCAAGCCAAACACAAGGAAAACGAGAAUGAGAAGAUAAAUGCGGAUCACCUCCUCCUAGAUAAUGACAAGGGCGAUUUCAGCUUACCAAAAUAUUUCCGUUCCUUCUGCAUGAUAAGACGCAGGGGCGUAGACAUUCACGACUGCAUCAUUUGCACCAACAUCGGUUUUAAUUCAAAGGAUUUCCAGGCAAAGGGCAUAGAAUUGGUGUCGAUUAACCACCAACCGGAAGACAUUCUAGAAUUUGGUUCGAAAGAGAAGACUCGUUAUAAACUCAACUUCACCAAAGAGCUACGGAGAAAAGCUUUAAACGAAUGGCCUGACAUUCUACGUCUUGCCAAACAGUUGCAAGAAUACGCGCAAAAUAAAAAAACAAUUGAUACAAGAGCCGGAGUCUUUAGCAACUAUUUUGUUGCUUUGAUUAAUGAACGUGUCAUUCGUAUUGAUUCUACCAACAAAACAAACGGAAAGUUCCAUGAGGAUUUUCUCAACGAGGUCAAACAUAAUGGAGUGCCCGAUUUUUCCAACGUGUCCCCGUUAUCCGAUGGGGCGAAACAACUACGUCAAAUUCUCAGCAAAGGAGCAGAGUAUGGCAACUGGGAAAAAUGGGAAUUCAAACUGAAUAAUAAGUUUGGAAAAAAAGAGACGGAUACGGAUAUAGAAAAUCGUCUGCCGCUAAACAUCGAGGACGAAGAUAUUGAUGCAUUCCUUGAGAAAUUAGUGUUCGUGGUAAACAUGCCAAACGAAAAUGAAUUUGAAGGCAUUUUGCGAACUAAAGAUGUGAGCAAGUACUACCCUAGCAAAAAAAGCAAACAGCAAACAAUCUGCUUGUUGCACAGAGUGUCAGCUAAAUUCUCCAAAAAGGCAAACGGCUAUUGGCUAACAUCAGAAGAGGCCAAGAAGAUCUUACUAUCUGAUGUUACUUCCAUUUCAAAAAAAAAUCAGACACGAUUAGAAGCCGAGAUGGGGUUCAACGAAGACGCCAUGGAAACAAUGGCUAGUGAAUUAAAAAAAUUGCUGGCUAAAAAUGAAAGGGUUAUGCGAAUUAUUACCCCUUCACCAAGGCAUACGGCUGUCAAAAUCUUUUCGGCCAUUCAGAAGGUGCCACAGUGCAACAGGGAUGGAAGCUUUUUGGUAGUGUCACUGAGUAAUCUAGAAGACAAGGUUCGUUGGAAAAACAUUCUGAAUUUAAAUAAAGAUUCUCACCAUCUUCUUAUCGUCGUUUGCGAUAAAGAAACACCUGAUCCAUGUGGUUAUGCAGAACUUGUUCAGGAUAAUCCAAUAUUCAACAAAAUAUUGUUCCUCUGUCGUGACGGAACUGGUGGAAUGACGGACAGCAUCACUUACGCAGAGUUGAGUAAGAAAUUCCAAAGUGCUAUCCUGCAGAAAACAAUUUCGUUCCAGGGAACAAAGUUAACGGUCAAUCAGCUGGUCGGUAACGAACCGGACAAAAUCAUCGAUUACCUUUCUAUAGAAGAGUUGCUGUUCCUGGAGGGGAAAGAAAUCAACAUUCCCCGAUCGGACACAUCAGCAUACGAAAAAUCUUUGUACAUCGAAAGGCGGUUGACGUUUGCAUUUGACGAAUCUUUCGAAACCAUAUUAUCAGGUUACUUAAAUUGUAAAGUAGUAGAUGAGUUGCACGAGAAAUGCAGAAUCACUCCGCAAGGUGAAAUAAAAUGGUUUGUCAAAGGCAACGAGCACCAAUCCAAAAUAUGGAGAGAAAUAAAAUACCUUGCCAAUGAAAAAAUGUCUUCAAACGAAAUCCACGAGAGCGAACUCAUUCGUUUGGCUGUGGACAGUGAACCGCUUCCGAUUAUCAUAUCCGGUGCGGCUGGAACAGGCAAAUCAACUAUCCUCUCCCAUUUCUGCGUGAAAAUGAAACAAGAAAAACCAGAUCACUGGAUCAUUAGAAUCAAUCUAGUAGAGCACCAAACAAGUUUCUUACAAUCAGUAAUAACUGAAUCUGAAGACGAUGCCGUUGAUUUCUUUGUCAAACAGUUGCACAUCGUUGAAAAUGACAGCCCCUUUUCUCGUUCCCUCUUGAGACACCGAUUGCAAACGGGAGACAGAAUUGCUUUCAUGUUUGAUGGCUUCGACGAAAUCAGCCACGUUUGUCAAGAGAACGUGAUUCAUUUGAUGAAAAUGCUCGCCGAGAAGAAAACGAUUGAACUCUACGUAACGACAAGACCCCACAUGGUAGACGAAUUACAAUUUGAGUUGUCUCAAUUGGCGCAUCACCUGCAAAUUUUGACUUUAAAUGACCAAAUUGACUAUUUGUUCAAGUAUUGGCAAGCAAAGUUUCGCAAACAGAAAGAAACAAAGCAAAGCAAUGAGAUUGAAAUGGAAAACAAGCGAAUACGGAAGUUCGCCGAAGAGUUAGCUAAACGAGUAUCUCAAACUCUAAGAGAGGACGAGGGAGCCUUAAUUGGAGUUCCAUUGCAAUGUCGAAUUCUAGCCGAGUGCUACCAAUCUGAAGUUGAAAAACAGAUCAAAAACGACAUAGCAAAAGAAUGUUUAACACUUGAUUUUCAACACUUCGAUUUAAGGAGUUUGUACGACCGUCUCUUGGAUACAAAAAGACGAAUUUUUCUGGAAGAAAAGGCAAAAUCGUCGAGUUUCAAUCAAAUCGGCAAAAGGGCCAUGGAUUUCUUGAUCGUUGCUAUUGAGUCUUACUUGACAAAAUUGGCCAUAGAGACACUCGUUGUGAACGAGACGAAUGUGAAUAUUUUAUGGCCAACCCCGUUGCCGUAUUUUCUAUCGGCUACUGAAAAGUCUGAAAAGGAAAACAAAAUAACUGAUUUAGGAGUAAAAUACGGAUUAGUCCUAGUCAGUAAAGGUGAAGAGGGAUCUAAAGUCCAGUUCGUUCAUCACACCUACGCCGAAUACUUGUUCGCCCGAUAUUUGCAUAGAGGAAUGGACAUAAACAACGUCGACAACAAACAGCUUUUGAAUGAGAUACCUGUACGUGACUUUGUAGUUGAAGAAAUUUUAAUUCAAGACAAUUAUCAAGGAGUAAGGUUAUUUUUGAAUUCCAUGCUGAACAAAAAAAAACUGGACGGAAGAACGGAACUACCAAAUCAUUUGAAAAACCUUGCUAUAGGUUUAGCUCAGUACAUCAAUCAACCAGAACGUAAUCAACGUCUUCCCAAUGACCAGCAUACCAACGCUUUAAUAGUUACCCGCCAAACUGAGAAGUUGUUUUUAUUCUUAAUCGAUUGUCUAUAUGGAACAUUGACCAGAACUAAAGUAUGUCAACUCCUCAAAUCUGCGAGCAUAUAUUGACGUUACCAUUUUCUUAAAACUGGACAAUUGCCUACUGCUGGGAAGAGUUAUUACACAAACCUGAGAUCAGAUAUUACUCAUUCCAUUACACUUAAACCACAAUAAAGUCUAUGUCAACGUUUGGAACAACCAGGAGCCAAAAACGCUUCCCAUCUUCCACCUACUCUGAAGACAACUUUACUGAACUAAUAAAAUGUACAUUAAAUAUCCAAGAUUACAACAAAGAUAACUGAACAUAUCCAUUCAACAAUGGAAUUGAAAAGACCCUGGACAUUUUACGAGAACUGUCAUAGCCAAGAUUGAUGUAAGGCUUACGUCAUUUGGCAUUCUUUACAAAUAUAUUUGAAAAAUGUUACUUACCAGACAAAGAUUCAUUGGCAGACCCUCCAUGAAUGCCUAGACUUCACUGGGCAGUGUUUAAUUGUGACCUGGAAGUGAUUGAAAAUGUAUGCCAGGAAACAUUUAGCAUACAUAAUGGUUCCACAUCCUUCUAUGUAACACCAAAAGUAACCUGCCAAUAAAUAGUAUCCUUAUUAAAAACAAAUGUAACAGCUGAUGAAAUACGAAAACACCCAACUGAAUAUUAUUUUAUAUUAUGAUUAUUUUAUAUUUUAAACGAUUUAGUGUUCUACAAAACAGAAACAGUCGAAAUACUACUUAAGAAUAUCAAGGAAGAAACAUUUCAUAAAACGAUUGACGUGAUUGGACUCGAAAAUUUGAAAAAAAUCACUUUCUGGACUACGACGUCCAUUCUGGGUUUCGUCUGCUACCAACUGUCAUUGCCAGGUUGACUCUUAAUCAUCUGUGUAACAUAUCUCUCCCAAACGGUAGCUUAUCGCUUAUCAAAUAAAUGUU